AUCAGAAAAGCUACAAAAUGCUGCGGUACUCCAAAUUGGUCCUUGUGUUCGGUGCUUUGUUGGUGACACUGGCACUGGUGGCAGAAAAUGAAGUGAGCGCUGCCCCAGCACCGUUUGAAAGUAAGCCGUGUCCUCCUGCGCCAUGCGCUCCACCGCCACCUCCGCCACCACCUCCUUCUUGCCCUCCUGAACCAUGCGACGAUGAGAAAAAUAAGAAAAAGAAUAAAAAGGGCAAAGAUUGCUAGGACUGCGGGUGAGUCUUAUUUUGAGGCACUUAUAUUUAGAGAUUUAAAUGUGAUUGAGUCUUUUAUAAAAUAUAUUUCAUUCAUUUUAUUGUCUAUGUAACAGCCACUGCUAAAUAUAAUGAAUGUAUUUGCAUUUACAGGCAAAGGUCCA